AUGGCAGAUUACUCGGGCGGUAGCUUGGAGGCUGAUCACCUCUGCGUACUGGUGCAUGGGCUAUGGGGCAACCCAAAUCACAUGGCCUCCGUCGCCAGAGCCCUCCGAGCCCAGUAUCCUCCCGACCAAGUCUACAUUCUCGUCGCGAAACGCAAUAGUGGGUCUUUCACAUACGAUGGCAUUGAACUCGGCGGCGAGCGGGUAUGUCUCGAGAUCGAAGAGGAGUUGGAGGCCAUCAGGAGCAAGGGCGGCAACAUCAAAAAGCUCAGCAUUGUUGGAUACUCGCUUGGAGGGCUAGUCGCGCGAUACGCCAUCGGGCUGCUCUUCGCCAGGGGCGUCUUGGACAGCGUUGCGUGCAUGAACUUCACCGCAUUUGCGAGCCCCUUCCUGGGAAUCCGAACGCCGCUGCGCGGGUGGGCCAACCAGAUAUGGAACGUCCUGGGCGCUCGAACGCUGUGCAUGUCUGGCCGGCAACUCUUCGGCAUUGACAAGUUCCGCGACACAGGCAAGCCCUUACUGUCGGUACUCGCAGACCCCAACUCCAUCUUCAUGUCCGGCCUCGCAAAGUUCAAACGCCACACUCUCUACACAAACAUCGUCAACGACAGGAGCGCCGUGUACUACACCACGGGCAUCUCCAAAAUCGACCCCUACGCCGACCUGUCCAAAGUCAAAGUCCACUACCUCCAAGGCUGGCAAGACGUCAUCCUCGACCCGCUGGACCCGGUAUCCCCCGGCGCACCGCCAACCGACCCGGAACCGCUGGCCUCCCUGGUGGAGAAAUGGGCGAAGCGAGUCCCCUUCGUCCUGGCGCUCACGCUCUUCAUCCCGCUGGCCGUCGUCGCCUUCCUGGUCAACAGCGCCGUCCAGACGGUGCGCUCGUCGCGGCGCGUCCGGCUGCACGAGCGCGGCCUGGCCGGCAUACCCGUCCACGACUUUCGCGUCAACCUCUGGAUCAAGGAGAUCCGCGAGGCGGUUGAGGACGCCUACGAGAACCUCAACAGCUCCCAGAAGCAGGAGUACCUCGACGAGGCCGGCAGUGCCGGCUCCGCGGGCGAGGAAGAGGAUAGCGAUGGAUCCGUCGGAUCCGCCUCGGGCCGGCGGAUCCUCGCGCUCGAGAGGAAGCAGUCGCGGAAUCAGGAGGCGGGAGGAUUCCCGACGCUAGCGCUGGCGCCGUACCAAUUUGCGGCGAUUCAGGCGCUGGAUGAGUUGGAUUGGCGAAAGUAUCCUGUCUACAUCCACAAACAUCGGCACAGUCAUGCGGCGAUUAUUGUGCGGAUGGAUAAGCCGGGGUUUGAGGAGGGACAUGUGGUGUUGAAACAUUGGGUUACCCAGGAGUUUUUGAGUUGA